CUUCAAAUAGAAAGCGUUGAAAAUAAAAUGCUGACUUCAGUAGAGACGACUAAUCGGAAUGCGAUUCGAGCGAGACUGAAUUCUGUACCUAUAAGAGACGGAUUUGCUUACGUCGGUGGUGAAAGCAAAUUCUUAAAUCCCAAGAAGCGUAUAAUUUACCUGCUUGAAUCCCCAAUUUUUUCGCUGAAAGACGACUCUGUACUGACGUUUGAUGUUUAUAAGAGGACAAAUUCGAUUAGUCUAAAAGUUUGCAUAAACAACAUAACAAAUUGCGUCUACGAAGUCCCACGCUCGAAUAAACAAAUAUUCUGGAGGCGUAGUGAGAUUAUUACGUUGCCGAAAUAUUCCAGAAAAGUAACUACUUUUUUACUGAUAGUUUAUACGUCUUUUUGUGUUUUGCGAAGCUUUCAGGUAUUUUAGUU